UACAUCCCAUAUAAAAUAGUGGACACAACACAGUACAUCCAGACUGCAGAAAUGCAUCUCAAAUGUGCCUACUUGCUUAUAGCCCUGAUCAGUGUGGUUUAUGGUCAGGAUUAUCUGCCAUCUGAUGUGUAUUGGGUCAAUCUUUAUAGGCAAGGCUUCAACUUCCAGUGUCCCCAAGGGGAAGCUUUGGUAGGGAUACAAAGUUACUACGAUAAUGAAGGAGGCUCUGACCGAGUUUGGAGUUUCGAAUGCAUGCCAACGCCCGAGGGGAUGGGAGAGGCGACAGAGUGCUGGUGGGAUGAUAUUAACCGAGCAGGACUUGAAUGGUAUCAUACUUGCUCAAACAAUGGUAUCGUAGCAGGAAUACAAAGCCAGUACUUUGAGGCUGUUCUGGAUCGAGAAUGGCAGUUCUAUUGCUGCAGCUACAGCAAAAGAUGUCCAUAUGGAUGCUGGUUGACAACUGAUGUUCCUGAGCAAUAUCAAGAGGAGGGACAUUUAGUGCUUCAAUAUUAUGGCUACUUCAUCAGAGGCGCUUCUACCACCUUUAGUGGUGUCCAUAGGGACCGUCAAUGGAAAUAUGUAAUCUGCAGGAUGACAGAUUAUGACUGUGAUUAUGAUAACCUGUAGGAGUCACGAGUUGAACCUUGAAACCGACGCGAGAGCAAAGAUAUAUUUAGCUGAGAUGUCUCCUGUUAAAAAUAAUCUUUUCUGCUCUGUAAACUAUGCAUAGUUUUUUUUUUUAAAUACAAAGUGCAGAAUGUAUGAGAAGUACCAUGAUAAAAUAAAGUAAUUUCUGGUAUGAAAAUAGUUGGCAUGUGAUGAUUGUUGUUCAAACAUGAUCAUCCUUUAACUAGAAAACACAGGGGAGGUUUUCCUGGCACACUGGAUUGAUGGGCACAAUGAAUAUUUGAGAAUCAGGCAGUACACAUCUGUAAAGGAAUCCACCCAAUUCUCUGUUAACUUAAGUGAAAAAAAUGGGGCAGGUUGAUUUACAAACGUGCACUCCAAGCCACCCAAUCUUCUGAUGUUCAUUGUGCCCAGACAGUGUAGCUGGGUAUGAGUAUCUCUCCUCAUAUAUAGAUAUCUACCAUUUUACUGAUUUGAAGUGUCAAAGUUUGUUUUCUUUAAUAAGCCAUUGUGGUUAUUAGUUUCUUGCUGAAACCAGAAAUGUAUUAUGUAAAUAAACUGCCUGCAUGAAACCAUUCAAUUAAUAGUCUUGAACUGCAAACCCAGUUCAAUAAUGUUAUCUUUCUAGAUUUUAAACAAUGUUAUGUGCAUUUCAAAGUUUUGAUAUCUCCUGAAGAAAGGAUAUGGAAGCAUUAUCAUUCCCCCUCACUGCCCCAAAAAUACAUCAAAGCAUACUCAAAUACACAUAUACAAUACUCAGCCUUGACCUUGAAUACUCAGCUUUGCUAAGGAUGCAUGAAGACAGCAUAGCUUACAUUGUAUAAGAAUAACCUCACUGAAAACUGUUGUUGCUUUAAACUGCAGUUUAGAGUAGACUAGGACCGCUUAUCCCCUCAGUGAAACAAUAAUCUUCCCAUUAAAUCGGACUGUCCAAACAUUCGGAACUGGGCAGGUCCACAUGCCAUAAGUAGGCUGCAUAUGAUGGCACAAAAACUGUGAUUACCCCCUUUAAGUCAAGGGAAGGAUUCUGUCCAGUUUGUCCUUAGAGCUGGCAUUCUGGAAUGGGAUCCAGGCUUUAGGUAUGGGUGCACUUCUAGAGGGAUCUUGCUGCAUAUCAGUCUGUGGUGGUUAAUGGGAAAUUAAAAACCCAAUGGAUUUCUAAUUCUGAUCUUUUAGAAUUCACAGCUUGAUGUUAACAGCUAAUUCCACAUGCAUUCCUUGAAUUAUUUGCACCCGCCAGCAUGUAUAUUUAUAUAUAAUAGUUACUCAUGCAGUAUUCUCAUUUAAGUGAAUGUUUAAGUGAAGAAGAAGAUUACAAUUUUGUUAAACCUAUUCUUGGCUGUAGUUCACAUGUACCCUAUAGUUCUCUGAAGUUUGCUUUAUUCUGCUUAAUUAAAUAAAAUUAAAGGUAUUUGUU